GUUUGGAACGAGACGGAAAAUGGCGGCGACUCAGAGUCCUCUUUAACUUUAUGCUGCACUAGGAAUAAUAUCAGCAGAAACGCACUAGGAAUAUUCAGACAAAUCUGAACAUGGGUACUUCAUACGAUCUUAGGUCAGGUUGAUGAGGCUAUUGCUGUGAGUAGGACGUGUUGCUAAAAUUAUUUGCACAUAAAGUAAGAAACCUGCAUUGAACAAAGCGAGUAACGUUAUUUACGAGCAGUCUUGUUUAUGUAACUUUAGCUAAGUGUUCACAUUCAGCGCGCGUCAUCACAGGCUGAAAUAAGCGGUAACUUUAGCCCGGACAAAGUUGAACUAUGCUUUGAAGCAGCUUUACGUGACACAAGCUGUGGUUGUUUCCACGGUUCCCUCUGGAAGCACACGCCUCCUGCCUGUUUGUUUACUCGGCGGAGCCAUGUGGCCCCGCUCGGCGGGUCUUUGAUGAGACCACGGUAGUGGCCGCUCAAUUAGCCUUAGCCCGACAAAGGACUAUGGACGAUUUCAAGGCACGAUACAGCAAAAGGCUGCGCACAGGUACGCGGCGACGGUACCAUGACGAUGGCAUCUCUGAUGAGGAGAUUGAUGGAAAAAGAAUGUUCGACCUGGAGGAGAAAGUCAGCAGUCAGAGGUUCAGCUCUGGAUUGGUUGUUCGCAUGGAGGGAAAAGACUUUACAUACGAGUUCGUCCAGAAAGGUGGUCUGAGGGAUCCAAUCCUCUUUGAGAGGCCUGAUGGACUAGGAAUUAAGAUGCCUGAUCCAGACUUUAGUGUCAGCUUUGUCAAGACGUUGGUUGGCAGCAGGCGCAUGAUUGAUGUCAUGGAUGUGAGCACUCAGAAGGGAACAGAGAUGUCCAUGGCUCAGUGGACACGUUACUACGAGACCCCUCCAGCUCAAAGAGAGAAGCUCUACAAUGUAAUCAGCCUGGAGUUCAGCCACACUAGGCUGGAGAAUCUGGUCAAAAGACCCACUACAGUGGAUUUAAUAGACUGGGUGGACAACAUGUGGCCUCGUCACCUGAAAGAAAGACAGAGGGAUUCCACCAACUCGAUCAACGAAAUGCAGUACCCCAAAGUACAGAAGUACUGCUUGAUGAGUGUGGAGGGCUGCUACACCGACUUUCACAUUGAUUUUGGAGGGACCUCUGUGUGGUAUCACAUACUGAGAGGAAGCAAGGUCUUCUGGCUGAUCCCUCCCACACCUCAGAACCUGGAGCUCUAUGAGAACUGGGUGCUGUCAGGGAAACAGGGGGAUAUUUUUCUGGGAGACAGAGCACCUGACUGUCAGAGGAUAGAACUGACGCAGGGCUGCACCUUCAUCAUACCUUCAGGUUGGAUUCAUGCUGUCUACACCCCUGUGGACUCGAUGGUGUUUGGUGGAAACUUCCUGCACAGCUUUAAUAUCUCUAUGCAGUUGAACAUUUGUAACAUCGAGGACAGAACACGGGUGCCUGUCAAGUUUCGUUACCCCUUUUACUAUGAGAUGUGCUGGUAUGUGUUAGAGCGCUACGUCUUCAGCCUGACCAGGACCUCCUACAUGACACCAGACUUCCAGAAAUACUCACUGGGCAUUGGUCUGAAGAAGCCCUCUGGCUCAGAUCUAGUUAGUGAGCAGGUGGAGGAGGCAGGUGGUAGCAGUGAUGAUGCAAUUUCAGAGCAGCCGUCUGACAAACCCACAGCAAAGGUUCAUUUGACUCCCCUGGAACUGGAAGGACUGUGGAACCUGCUGGGUAAACUGGAAAGUCUGCCCUCCAACAAGAAGUGUGUCCCUGCAGGCAUACACAAUGCCCCAGCACUCAUCACGCAUAUCAAGGUUCUGCUAAAGGAACAUGCCAACGACAACCCAAAGCUGUCCUACACAGGAAAGCCCAUCAUCAAGUGGCCAAAGAGGCCCCUGUGGUACCAGCCGCCUCCUCCUCCACCACCACCUCCUCGUCCCAAACUAGCGAGCACCCCAAUCAUCCCUCGACCACAGAAACCGGCCUCCUCCAUGUCUGUGCUGAGGCGUCGCAGAGUUAGAUGUAAACGCUGUGAAGCCUGUAUGAGGCCGGAGUGUGGGGAGUGUAACUUCUGCAGAGACAUGAAGAAGUUUGGAGGACCAGGAAAGCUCAAGCAGACCUGUGUCCUGCGACAGUGUCUCUCUCCGGGCCUUCCUCUCUCUGCAGUGUGUGAGGUCUGCAAAGAGCCCAACCAGGAGGAAACAGGAGACCUCUCCCUGACGCUGAUGGAGUGUUCCAACUGUGCACAGAUCGUGCAUCCUGCCUGUCUCACGGUUCAGGGUGAAGGUGUAGUGAACAAAGACCUGCCAAGCUGUUGGGAGUGUCCUAAAUGCGUCCAGGGCAUCACUGACCCAGAGUCGUCAGGCAGCGACGAAUCGUUGGCUGCCAGCCACCAGCAACACAUCCGCCCCCAUGGCCCCCUGGUCCUCCGGCUGGGCCACGGGCCCUCUGCUGCCGUAGGGGGUCCUGUGGGCUCCCAGCAGGACGGGGAUGUAGUCUGCUGCAGUUUCUUCCCUCCUCCUCCUCCUUCUUCUUCCUGUUCUUCCUCUUCCUCAGCGUCGCUUCUAUUGGUGGCGGCCCCUCUGCCUUCUCAGCCAAUCAGCUCGAGACUGUCCAAAGGAGACAAAGGUGACGGCCUUCCAGGGAAGCGAAAAUCUUCCACGCUGCUGGACGCUCGUAUGGCCAAGAUCUACAGACAACAGAGACACAGUCGUGAUGGCGAUGACUCUGCCAGUGAUGACGAUGAUGACGACGACGAUGAUUAUGAGGGUUCUCAGAGGAGGAAGAUGGCGCUGUACGCCAGAGGAGCAGGGCAGUCUUCCAGGAGGGGGUUUGGUGCCAACAGGAGAGGCUUGUUACGAGGAGGCUCGGCCCUUAGAGGUUCCAGAGGAGGCCUCAUGGGCCCUGGUUCCUCUGUCCUCAAGCUGAAGCGAGGGAUGGGUGUGAGGGAGGCUGGUCGGAGGGGCAGGGGGGUAAAGGUGAGGGGUGGCUCGAGGAUGCAAAGGAGAGGAGACGAGACUGAAGAGUCGGAUGAAGAUGACGAGGAUGAGGAUGAAGAGGAGGAGGAGGAGGAAGAAGAGGACAGUGAAGAUGGAGACAGAGAGCAACGGCACCGUCGAGGCAGAAGGAGGCGCAGAACAGACGAUGAGGAUGAGGACAGCGAGGGACAAGAAUUCGACCCUGAAGAAGAAGAGAUGGACACACUGGAAGACGAUGAGGAGGAGGAGGAGCUGGAGGACGGGCGGUGGGAUUCAGACCCAGAGCCCCCCGUCCUCCUGGUGUCGGAUCUGAGUGACGACCUGCUGAGCGGCUCCUACCUGACUGUCACUCUACAGCAGCCCCACAAGGCGAAGAAGAAUCCAUGCUCUAUAGUUCCAAAGCUGGAAGCAGCCAUGGGUCUGAGGGCAGCAUCAGUGGGAGCUGGUGGGCAGCAGGGCUUCAUCCACAGGAAGAUGACUCUGUCCAAAUCUUCCCGACUCAGGAGCACUGAUGGCACAGCUGAGAGUGGAGCAAGAGGACCCGGCAGGCCACGUCUGCGCGGUAAUCAUGGCGACUGCAGAGAUCGCACAGUGUCGUCUUCAGAAGAAGAAGAAGCUGCUGCGGCCCCUGCUUCCUCCUUGUCCCCUAUGUCCCUGCUGUCCCUGCCGUCCUUUAAGGAUGUUGGCAGCGAGAAGGGAGGGGAGAAGGAGGUGUGGGUGUCUGUAUUCAGCUACCUGAGCAGAGCUGAGCUUUUGGCCUGUAUGACUGUCUGCAAGGCCUGGUACAAAUGGAGCUGUGACAAGCGUCUGUGGAGCCAUGUGGACGUAAGUCGAUGCAGCUCCUUUAGUAACCAGGCCUUAGCAGGAAUAGUCAAACGCCAGCCCACCUCUCUGGACCUGUCCUGGACUCCUCUGGCCAAGCGACAACUCAACUGCCUGCUCACCAGGCUCCCUGGUCUCAGGGAGUUGAGGUUGACUGGUCUGCCCUGGUCCUGUCUGUCAGCCCUGGUCUCGCCCACCCUGCCUUACUUACGGCUCCUGGACCUGCGCUGGUGCGAAGGCAUUACAGACAGUCAGAUUAAGGACAUCAUCACCCCCCCGGAUUCAGAAUCGACUCGCAGCCGACUGAGGAACAUUGUGACGCUGCGUCUGUCUGGCCUGGACGUCAGUGAGUCUACUCUGAGGCUGCUGCAGCGCCACAUGCCCCAGUUGGAGAGGCUGGACCUGGCUUACUGCAGGGACAUCACUGACUCAUCCAUCGCUCUGCUGGCGUCAGCUGGGACUCACACACGCAACAACCUCAGCGAGCUCACAGUAGCAGGCUGCAUUGAACUGACAGACAGCUGUCUGUCCUACCUGAAGCGGCUCUCCUCCCUAACUCUGCUGGACCUCAGAGGCUGUACGAACAUCAGCAGACGAGCCUGUGACACCUUCAUCUCUGACCUGUCCCACGUUGCUGUCUACUGCAUGAUGGAGGAGAAGCUCAUCCAGCGGCUGGACGAGCACUGAAGGUGCUGCAGGAGAAAUGCUUGAAUGGAAUGGAGACAAAGGGUAAACCUGACGACAAUGGCAGUCGUCCUAACAUGAAUGUCUCCUGGUACAGAGUGUAAAUAAAGGUGUUUGUAGAAAGGUUUAUUUUUUAUUAUGGAGCAGUUCUUGCCUCUUGUCUGUUAAACCUGGUUCAACACUAUGGCCUGUUAUAAUAGGUCUUUGUAAUUCUAUUGCAUUGUCACACUAUUCUCCUCAUUUCAUUUAUAGAAUAGGAUACAGAUCGGUUAUUGUAUGGAGUAAAAUUAGACCCCCCAAAAGAGUGACAGUUUUGUGUCUGUAUAGUAUUUUUGAAGAUUGUUUUGUUACUGAAAUGUUUGUUAAAAUAUCUGAAACAAACCAAGUUGUUCCUGGACAAACUGAGUCCGCAGCUUCUGGAAUAAAAUGAUUCCAACUCC